AUGUCUCACGAUCAGGUCCCCCAAAUCUGGACGCGACCGACUAGUCAGUAUGGACAGAUCACGGAGAUGGCCUUGAACUCGGUGUCACUGCGGCGGAACCAUCAAAAUGGAGAAUACGUCCUACCUCAGAGGAUAUUGUGCGAUAUAUACAGAGCGGCAUCUCAAAGUCGGUUUAUCUUAAACGGGCUUCGAGGUGAAACAGUGGAGAGAUUAUCAACAGGGGCUCGGCGGAUGGUAAGUGAUCGUCGAAAUUGCCGUUAUUACCUGGUUGCUAAGGUAGCUUAG